AUUCUCCAUUUUUCUCCAAUUGUCCUCUCUCGCAUCUAGAACGUCACCAUGCGGACUCUGUCACUAUCAAUGCCGCCUCUCCGCAGCUUCGGUGGCCCUAGCAGUAAAAAUAUUAGCAGUAGAAAUAACAGCAUAGGAAAUGGACUCGCAAACAGACUGCUGCACUCACCCUCACAUCCCCUAGAAAAGCGAUCUCGUCCGCCCGGGUUUAGCUGCGAUCCCGGCUAUUCCCACUACCCCUCCUCCUCCUCUUCGUGCCUUCCAAUUGAAGCUGCUUUGCCCCUCCGACUGCGGCUACCCUUUGCGACGCUGCCCGCUCCGAUGCGCCUUCCUCCCCAACAUCAACCGACGUCACGAUUGUCGCUCAUACACAAUCAUCUCAGCGCCGCUCCACCACUUUCUCACAGCAACAACACAAACAACAACAACAACAAUCACAUUCACUCUUCAGUACAGCCGCGCAGACUCCAUUCCACCAUGUCGUCACAGCCAGAGCACCCCACUCUCCUCAUCCCGGGCCCAAUCGAGUUCGACGAUGAAGUCCUCCAGUCCAUGAGUCACUUUAGCCAAUCUCAUGUCGGAGCCCCCUUUGUCGAGACCUUCGGCGAGGCUCUCUCCAUGCUCCGCAAGCUCUUCGUCACAUCCGACCCCAAAUCGCAGCCCUUCGUCAUAUCCGGCUCCGGCACGCUGGGCUGGGACCAGGUCGCCGCGAACCUGACCGAAGAAGGCGACGAAGUCCUCGUGCUGCAUACCGGCUACUUUGCCGACUCCUUCGCCGACUGCUUCGAGUGCUACGGCGCGAAAGCAACACAGCUGAAAGCCCCCAUCGGCGACAGACCGCAGCUCGAUGCCGUCGAGAAGGCCCUAAAGGAGAAGAAGUACAAGCUCCUCACCGUCACACACGUCGACACUUCCACCGGCGUGCUCAGCGAGAUCAAGGCCCUCGCAGCCCUCGUCCACAAGGUCUCCCCUGAAACUCUCGUCGUCGUCGACGGCGUGUGCAGCGUGGGAAGCGAAGAGCUCCGCUUCGACGAGUGGGGUCUUGACGUCGUCCUGACUGCCAGCCAGAAAGGCGUUGGUGUGCCCGCCGGGCUCAGCAUCCUCAUGGCCUCUGCCCGCGCCAUCGAAACCUUCAAGGCGCGCAAGACGCGCGUGCCUUCAUACUUUGCCUCGUGGAAGAACUGGCUGCCCAUCAUGCAAAACUACGAGGCCAAGAAGCCGUCCUACUUCGCCACGCCCUCCCCUCAGCUGAUCCACGCCCUGCACACCUCCCUCACGCAGAUAACGUCCCGCCCAAUCGAGGACCGCUGGGCAGACCACAAGAAGGCCUCGCAGAAGGUCAAGCAGGCCAUGUCCGACUUCGGCCUCAAGCAGCUGGCCUCCAAGCCCGAGAACCAGGCCAACGGCAUGACGGCCAUCUAUCUGCCCGAGAAGAUGGAGCCGUCGCAGGUCCUGCCCCCCUUGUUGAAGAAAGGUGUGAUAUUUGCCGGUGGUCUGCACAAGGAGAUUGCGACUAAAUAUAUUCGCUUCGGGCACAUGGGCGUCAGCGUCACUGAUCCCAAGCGCAACGAUCUAGACAAGGCGAUUGACGCGUUGAAGCAGACUGUCACUGAGGCGGGCUACAAGGCGCCAUAGAGGAUUCCAAAAAGUUGGAUUGGCAGGUAGAAUUUGCAUCACUGUACAUGUAUGCUAUGUUGGCAUAUACGCAAGACAUAUAAAGUCCACCAUCUAUAAAAGAAAUGUAAAAACACAAUUCUACUACUACCCAAUCAGUCCCAACUUUUCAAACGCCUUUACAACAGGCGGCUCCCUCCUCACUCUACUCUCCUGCAUCGAAUCCCACAACACCCCAUCUGCCCCCUGCGGCCUCUCACCAUCAACCUCCUCC